GUAUACCGGGAAAAAAGAGAGGAAAAAAGAUAUCCAGAGCACAGCUAAGCGCGGGAAAAGCAUCUGCUAACAAAUGCGCGCACGCUUAAAUUAAAGGAAAUGCGGAGCACUGAGUCAGUGAAAAAAAAGAAAAAAAGAACCCUAAUCCCUUGAACCUCAAAUUGGGGAAGAAAAGGCGAAUCUUUUGAUCAGAGAUGGAAGAGAGAAGAGAAUUUCCGGCAUUUCCCUACGAACCCUACUCUAUUCAGCUAGAUUUCAUGAACUCCCUUUACCAUUCCCUCACUAAAGGCGGUGUUGCCAUGCUAGAAAGCCCCACUGGGACUGGUAAAACGCUCAGUAUAAUUUGUAGUGCCCUUCAAUGGCUUCUUGAUAGAAAGCAACAGCAGAAAACACAAUGGGAGUCUCCUUCAAAUUUAAGCGGGAAACAAGAAGAUUAUUUGGGGGCUGAAGAUGAACCAGAUUGGAUGAGGAACUUUGUCAUUAAUAAAGAUACCAAAUCGCCCGAGAAGAAGACAAAGAAAAAGAAGCAAUUGGGAUUCGACAAAAGAUUUGAUAGGAAGGGGAAAAGAGAAGUUGUCAGAGAUUUAAUUACUAACGGGGGAGGGAAGGAGGAAGAUACUGAGAUCGAAAAGGUAAACAAUUUAAUGGCAAAACAUGAGGUUGAGGGAAUGGAUGAAGAGGAGUUUUUGGUUGAAGAGGAGUUUUUGGUUGAAGAGUAUGAGAGUGACGAUGAAAAUGGAGGACAAUCUAAAAGGAAGGGUGGUGGGGUUUUGGUUAAUUCCUCGAGUGAGGAAGAAAAGGACGAAGAUAGCAUGGAAGAUGAGGAGGAAGAGGCUAGACCUAAGAUUUACUUUUGCAGCCGGACACAUUCACAACUUUCACAAUUUGUAAAGGAGUUAAGGAAGACUAAAUUUGCAGCUGAAGUGAAGGUUGUAUGCUUAGGGUCUAGGAAGAAUUUCUGCAUUAAUCAAGAGGUGUUGAAGCUAGGCAGCUCCACUCAGAUAAAUGAGAGAUGUUUGGAGCUUCAGAAAAGUAGGAAGAUAGAAAAUUCUAAAAUAUCUAAAACCAAGGACAUAGGAGCUGGUGGCAGAGCGAGGAGGUCCAAGAGUUCCUCAGGUUGCCCAAUGCAUAGAAAUCACAAAAGAGGAAAAGAAUUCCAAAGUGAGGUUUCUCAACAAGGGCCUAUGGAUAUUGAGGAUCUUGUUCAGAUUGGACGUGACUUGAAAACUUGCCCUUACUAUGGCUCAAGAAGCCUGGUACACACAGCAGAUCUUGUGGUUCUUCCUUAUCAAUCUCUUCUUUCAAAAUCAUCACGUGAAUCUCUUGGUUUAAGUUUAAAAGAUAGUGUUGUUAUCAUAGAUGAAGCUCAUAAUUUAGCUGAUUCCCUCGUCAGCAUGUACGACUCAAAAAUUACAUUUGUACAGUUGGAACUUGUGCAUUCUCACUUGGAGAGUUACUUCGUACGGUUUCGCAAUCUGUUAGGGCCAGGCAACCGAAGGUAUAUCCAAAUAAUCAUGGUCCUUACUCGGGCUUUUCUACAAGCUUUGGGUAAUGAGAAUUGUCAAAGCAACUUUGACCCCGUUUGUAAUGCUGAGGGAAGUAAAAGUGGCUUUGAUUCAUCCAUGGCCAUAAACGAGUUCCUAUUUGCCCACAAUAUUGACAACAUAAACCUGUUUAAGCUCUUGCGAUAUAUAGAAGAAAGCAAUAUAAUUCACAAGGUAUGUGGAUAUGGACAUAAAUUAGCUCUCUCAGAAGAAGUUUCAGCAUUGAAAAUGGACGACCAAAGCAGUCAUGAUGAAAGUGCAUUAUCUGGUUUCCGAGCAUUAGUUAACGUAUUACUGUCACUAACAAAUAGAGAUGGAGAUGGAAGAAUAAUAAUAUCAAAGACAAGGCCAAAAUGCUCCAGGCAACAAGGAGGGUAUUUGAAAUAUGUCAUGCUCACGGGAGAAAGGAUAUUUUCUGAGAUCUUGAAUCAAGCUCAUGCCGUCAUAUUGGCUGGUGGGACUUUGCAACCCAUAGAGGAAACAAAAGAACGCCUGUUUCCUUGGUCGCCGCCGGAUCAGUUGCAUUUCUUUUCCUGUGGUCAUAUCAUCCCAUCUGAAAAUAUUCUACCAAUUGUUGUUUCUCAGGGGCCUUCUCGCCACUCCUUUGAUUUUAGUUACAGUGCCAGAAGCUCUUCAGUCACGAUACAAGAAUUAGGGCUUUUGGUCUCUAAUUUGGUAAAUCUUGUUCCUGAAGGCAUGGUUAUUUUCUUCUCAUCAUUUGACUAUGAAGGCCAGGUAUAUGAUACAUGGAAGGAGUCGGGCAUCAUUGGAAGAAUUAUGAAACGGAAGCGCAUAUUUAGAGAGCCUAGAAAAAGUACAGAUGUGGAAACUGUUUUGAAGGAAUACAAGGAAACAAUUGAUGCACUGUCCCAUAACAGUUCUAAGCAGGACACUGUAUCACGCAACGGUGCAAUUCUCCUUGCUAUUGUGGGUGGGAAAGUAUCAGAAGGUAUCAACUUUAGCGAUGGGAUGGGUCGAUGCAUAGUCAUGGUUGGAUUGCCCUAUCCUAGUCCAGCCGACAUCGAGUUGAUGGAGAGGAUCAAGCAUAUUGAAGGAUUUGAUACUGCUAGUGGUAAGAACACCAAAUUCCAGGCUCCAAGGAGCUGGUAUAGUGGAGAUGCUCAAGCUGGACUUGACAUCCUAAAAAGCUGCAAGCAUAGAGGGAAGCAGUAUUAUGAGAAUCUUUGCAUGAAAGNUAUCUUGAUCCUUAAGUAUAAUUUAAUGUCUGAUAUUAUAGCAAUUCGGCAUAUUAAUGACUAUGCUGCUAUCCUGUUAGUUGAUACACGCUAUACAUUUGAUUCUUCUGAAAGAAGCUCCUCCCACUCAACCAACAAGCUCCCGCAGUGGAUUAAAAGCCGUCUUGUUUCUGCAACGAAGAAUUACGGAGAACUCCACAAACUGCUGCAUCAAUUCUUCAAGUUCCACAAAGGCAAAGAGGACAAAGAUUUUGGCCCCAAAAAACCAGCUCUCCACUUGAAGGCACUUGACACAAUUGAUACAAACAGUAAUUCGUACUCGAUUAAAGGCAAAUUCUGGCCUUGCUUCAAUUAUUACUUGGGGUCCCAGUGGUCUAAAACUGCAUGA